ACCGUACUGAGCGUGUGGGUUGCUCCGCCGCCGCGAUCCGGGGCGCUCCUCCAGCUGUUGGAGGAAAGAAAAGAAAGCGGAUUCGGGGGAAAACUCCUUGGCAGAACCCGCAGCUUACCUUUUUUUCUGACCUCUUCGUUCGAUUCUAGCGGAGAGUUGGAAGGGAGUGAGAUACCCUUAAUUUACUGUAGAGUUAAUUUUUGGAUUGGGGACUUCCCCCCCCCCCCCCCCAGUCUCUCGUCCGUUUUUAACUGCUAAGCCAACCCAGCCCAAGCAUGGUGAUGUUCAAGAAGAUCAAAUCUUUCGAGGUGGUCUUUAACGACCCUGAAAAGGUGUACGGCAGUGGGGAGAAGGUGGCUGGCCGGGUGGUAGUGGAGGUGUGUGAAGUCACCCGAGUCAAAGCGGUCAGGAUCCUGGCUUGCGGAGUGGCGAAGGUGCUGUGGAUGCAGGGAUCCCAGCAGUGCAAACAGACCUCCGAGUACCUGCGCUACGAAGACACGCUUCUCCUGGAGGACCAGCCGGCAGGUGAAAAUGAGCUGGUGAUCAUGAGACCUGGAAACAAAUACGAGUACAAGUUCGGCUUUGAGCUUCCCGAGGGGCCUUUGGGAACAUCCUUCAAAGGAAAAUACGGGUGUGUAGACUACUGGGUGAAGGCUUUCCUCGAUCGCCCCAGCCAGCCAACCCAAGAGACGAAGAAGAUUUUCGAAGUGAUGGAUCUCGUGGAUGUCAAUACUCCUGAUUUAAUGGCUCCUGUGUCUGCUAAAAAGGAGAAGAAAGUUUCCUGCAUGUUCAUUCCUGAUGGGCGAGUGUCUGUCUCUGCCCAGAUUGACCGAAAAGGAUUCUGUGAAGGUGAUGAGAUCUCUAUCCAUGCUGACUUUGAGAACACGUGUUCCCGCAUCGUGGUCCCCAAAGCUGCCAUAGUAGCGCGCCACACUUACCUUGCCAACGGCCAGACCAAAGUGCUGACGCAGAAGUUGUCAUCGGUCAGAGGCAAUCAUAUCAUCUCGGGGACCUGUGCGUCGUGGCGUGGCAAGAGGCUCCGGGUGCAGAAGAUCAGGCCUUCCAUCCUGGGCUGCAACAUCCUGCGGGUCGAAUACUCCUUACUGAUCUACGUCAGUGUCCCUGGCUCCAAGAAGGUCAUCCUUGAUCUGCCCCUGGUGAUUGGUAGCCGGUCGGGUCUGAGCAGCCGGUCGUCCAGCAUGGCCAGCCGAACCAGCUCUGAAAUGAGUUGGAUAGAUCUGAACAUCCCUGAUACCCCAGAAGCUCCUCCUUGCUAUAUGGACAUCAUUCCUGAAGACCACCGAUUGGAGAGCCCCACCACCCCUCUGCUGGAUGACACGGACAGUACUCCCGACAGCCCUAUUUUUAUGUACGCUCCCGAAUUCAAGUUCAUGCCGCCACCUACCUACACAGAGGUGGAUCCCUGCGUUACCAACAACAACAACAACAACAACAACGUGGAGUGAACUUGUGGAAGAAAAGCAGCAGCUGUUCCUCAUUUCUUUCUGCCUUUCUUCCUGGACGCUUCCAUUUCCAGAGACUCUGCAGUCUCUCCACGGGGGCCUGGGCCCCCCCAACCUCCGAAGUCCAGGCAGGCGGCCUCCUGGGCCUUAAAAUGGUGCACGCUCGUCCUCAGCUAGGGAGGCGUCGUGAUUCGGGAGUGUUUGCUGGAUGACUGUGAAAACGCACUACAAAAACCUGGGCCCAUCCCGUUUUCUCAGAUCUUGAAAAUUGAGGCAUUCUUAGUAGUUUCAAACAAGGGAUAGGGAUGGCCUCCUGACAUGGUCUUCUGUAUCUCUGUGCCAUGUGGAGCAGAGCCAAUUUAGCAAAUUAGGGAGACGAAAAGGAAAAAAAAAAUUAUGGCCAAAAUUUUGGGACAAGAAGGUUCUUAAAAUCAGUGUUGCCUUUUGUUUUACACUUAUGACGAAAAAAAACAAAACAAAAACUUAACCUUCCAGAACUGAUUUGAUUUGAACUUUGGAGAGUAGCUUCCCAUGUGAGUUAAAAGCAGCAGUUCUAAGGUUGUCUUUGCUCAGAGUGUACUUUAAUGUGACGUAAAGCAGCGAGCCGGUGCCCCACCCAGGUCUCCAAAGCCAUGUGGAGAGCCUCUCGCACUGUGUUCUGUUGCAAACCUUUUCACGUGGGAGAAUGGGUUUCUCCUUCGUGUGACUCCUUGGAAUGGAUUCUGAGGUGGUAAUUCUUAGCACUUUAGUUCUUGGCAAAAAAAAAUUUUUUUUUUCC